AUGAUAUUACUGCAAUUUGAGAUUACUUUCACUCCCCUUUGUGCUGUGAAAGGACAAGCCGUUGUCGAUUUUCUGGCAGCACACCCGCAGCCGGUAGACUCUCCUCUGAACAAUGAUUUACCUUACAAACAAAUCAUGAGUUUGAGGGAAUCUGACGAGGCCAUCUGGGAAUUGUAUAUUGAUAGAGCAGCAUCCUCCCAGCUCUGCACAAAUAACGAAGUUGAAUACGAAGCUCUGAUAACCGGUUUGGAACUUGCAAUUCUAAUGAAAAUCAAAGUGAUUAAGAUCUUUGGCAAUUCCCAAUUGUUGAUAAACCAAGUCGCAGGAACCUAUAAGGUCUUAAAUCCUAAUCUUUUGAAGUACCACCAGUACACACUUCAUUUGUUAGAACAAAUUCCUACCGCUACUUUGUAUAGGAUAACCCGUGGAAGUAACUCCGCAGCAGAUGCCUUAGCAAAACUUGUAAAGGAAUUUGCAUGUCCUGAGGAGGAUUCCAUCCCUAUAGAAAUUCAGGAUCGUAAAGCCCUCUCUCCUAUAGAUUUGAAACACAUCAGUAAGGCUCCCCUUCAGAUCCUUUCUGCCUCUUCGACAACUGACGAAGAGGGCGAUUGGAGAUGA